AUGACUCCCCUUCCCAACACGCACCUUCACGAUGAACUGGCGCAAAGCAAAGACCGCAUUACUGUUGACACUAAGUAUGGAACCGUGAAAGGAAGGAGGGCUAGGAACGGGGCUGGGGUGUUUCUGGAGGUACCCUACGCACUUCCACCAGCUAGAUGGGAAGACCCGAAGGCGUUACCUGAAGGACACAAGUACGAAGAAGGGAAGGAAUAUAUUCGGGAGGCGAGGUAUUGUGCUCAACCCAAAAAUGAUGGUCAAGCGGAGGGAAAAGAGUUCGAGGACAAAGUAGGGUUCGGAGCACCUUCUGAGAAUCCACUCUUCCUCAACAUCGUCAUACCUCCCUCGUUCCUCAACACAUCUUCGCCACUGUUGCCAGUUCAAGUAUACAUCCAUGGCGGAUUUUUGCAGUUCGGUUCGCCACACGGCUUGGGGCAUCAAGCGCAGUACCUGUGUGCUCGUCAGGGUAAACAGGUAGUGAGGGUGGAUAUCGGAUACAGACUCUCUGUGUUUGGGUUCUUAGCGAGCAAGGAGCAGGGCUUGACGGGGAACUAUGGCUUCAAGGAUCAAUGGGUCGCGUUGCAGUGGACACGAGAUAACAUCAGGUCGUUCGGAGGCGACCCAGAAAACGUGCAAGUCAUUGGUCUGUCAGCUGGUGCCCAUUCGGUACAUCAACUCCUACACCAUGCAUCACAUCUACCUGAUGGUCAACCCGCACCCUUCGUAUCCGCAAUCAUGCAAUCCAACGCGAUCGCAUUUACACCCAAAACCCCAGCAGAAUAUCAAUCACAGUACAACGCGCUCUGUACCGCAGUCGGACUGGACCCCUCCGAUCCUUCCACCCUCGGUACUCUCAAAGACCCAACCAAAGUCCCCGCUUCGAAACUCUGCGAACUUAUUGAGAAUGAUAAUCUGGGAGAGGUUUAUCAUGGGACUUUCCGUGGAGCGUUCGAUGCGAGUUGGGUUCCGGUCGAUACAGAUAUGAUGGAAUAUCAACGAUCUGGAGGAUUAGCGAGGAAUUUGCUCAGAAAGGGCGUUAGACAUGCUGUUAUUGGUGACCUCACGGAGGAAUGGUACCUCUACUCCAUUGCGCAUGAACCGAUCAAGACUAAAGAAGACGUGAAGGCGAAUUUGAUGAGGUACUAUAGGAAGAGCGAGGUGGAUUCCAUGAUGGUUGGGAGAGAAGAAUCGACUCAGGGAGGGUGGCAGAGAACGUUUGGAGAGAUAUUGAGUGAUUGGCAGGUGCAUCUUCCGGUGAGGAAGUUUGCGGCGGAUAUGAUUAAGGCUGGGUUUCCGGUGUUGAGAUAUUUGAUUAAAUGGACGCCGGAGGCGGGGAGAGAGGCUGUUGAGGGAUACGUCACGCACGGAACUGACUAUUCAAUAUGGCAUUAUCGAUUGCCGGUUCUGGAGCAAGGCGACGUACAAAUAGCGGAUGCCUGGUUAGAUAGGAUCGAUGAGGAGCUGGGGAAGAUUGAUAAAAGAGAGGAUCUAGCUUCGAUGAGGGUUUUGACUCUUAAAGAGGAUAAGACUAUUGAAUGGGAUGCGGACGCUAUUUAA